UGGUGAUGCUGCAAAAUCAGUUGUCAUGUUUUGUUAAACAUAGAUUGAUUAUUAGCUCCAUUAGCCAUGAUAUCAAGUGAUCAAAGCCUCAUCACUUUAUCUCUCUUCUUGAUUCUUUCAGUCCAUAGUUUGUUUGAAUCUUGUGACGCCAUAUGCACUUCUUCUUCGUGCGGAAUCAUUCCCAACAUCAGCUUCCCUUUCCGCCUCAAGGGCGACCCCAAGAAUUGCGGUGAUCCAAGAUUUGAAUUAUCAUGUGAAAAUAAUGUGACCUCCAUCUCCCUUAACUCUCACAAAUACUAUGUCCAAACAUUCAACUACACCAACAAUGAUGACUACACCAUGAGGCUGGUUGAUGCUUCCAUAAACAACGACGACAUCUGCUCGUUUCCCACCUACUCCUUAUCUGCCUAUGACUUCACCUUUGAUAAUCCUAAUAGUCUUCCCUACCUAUUCCCGAUUAAUCCCCUGCCUAUAAACUUGAUAAGCUGCCCAAAUCCAUUGAGGAAUUCAUCCAUUUUUACUGAUAUAACUACUCAUUGUGUCUCUAACUCAUCCCAACAUCACAGUUAUGCUUAUAUCAAAGUCGGCAAUAUGAUGGCCUCAGAGAUGCCAUACACUUGUAAAUUAGACUCCGUAGCGAUGACAUCCUGGCAUAAAUUUAAGGAUUUGAAGAAUGUUUCGCUUUCAGAAAUCCAUGAGUCCCUCUUGUAUGGAUUUGAACUCACCAUCUGCCCCGCGUGUGGAACGUCCGAAGUCUCGUUAUUUCGGGAGCUUCUCCCAAUCCUUGUGGUCAUUCUAUCAUGUGUAGGUAUGUUUUGUGCAGUAGUAAACCCUCCUGUAUUCAGCAUAUGUGGAUUAGGCGCUGUAUCACUACUCUUAUUUCAUAUUGUAUUGCUAUUGAUCUAUAAAAUAGCAAAUACCGGGCCUAAUCAAAGAAGUGACCCAUUCGAUUAUGGAUUACCGUUCAGUAUACUAUAUCGAAUAGCAACCCAUAUACUAUACUCACCUAAACUUAUUUAUGUCUCGCCAUUGAACCCACUGCUCGCCGAAAUAGCAGUUGCCAUCGGCUUGAUCGUCUCGCUAUUGAGGAUUAUCAUUUUUCCUUUUGUGUUGUGGCUUUUGAUCUACAAAUUCCGAAGAAGACAUUUGUCCGAAUAUAACGCUAUAGAAUCAUUCCUGCAGAGUGAUAAUAAACUCUCACCAAUCAGAUAUUCAUAUUCGGAUAUAAAGAGAAUGACAAGAGGUUUUCAAGAAAAACUAGGUGAAGGAGGCUAUGGUUGUGUUUACAAAGGAAAGCUUCGAAGUGGACAUCAUGUAGCAGUCAAAAUGCUUGGAAAAUCGGGAGGAAAUGGGCAAGACUUUAUAAAUGAAAUAUCAACUAUUGGAAGGGUACAUCACGUUAAUGUGGUGCAACUUAUUGGAUAUUGUGCUCAAGGCUCCAAGCGUGGCCUCGUCUUUGAUUUCAUGCCCAAUGGUUCUCUUGAAAAGUACCUCUUCAAUCGAGAAAAGAUGAAUUACUUAAACUGGAAUACAAAGUUCGAUAUUGCCGUUGGAAUAGCUCAAGGAAUUGAAUAUUUGCAUCGAGGGUGUGAUAUCCAAAUUCUUCAUUUUGACAUCAAGCCUCACAACAUUCUCCUCGAUCAGAACUUCAUCCCCAAAAUAUCUGAUUUCGGGCUAGCCAAGUUAUACUCUGCAGAGAAGAAGGUAGUUACGUUAACGGCCGCUAGAGGAACCAUAGGAUAUGUUGCUCCAGAACUAAUCAACCGGGGUAUAGGCGGAGUCUCUUCCAAGGCGGAUGUGUAUAGUUUUGGGAUGCUGCUGAUGGAAAUGGUCGGCUUAAACAGAGUGAUGAAGGAAAACAAAGAUGAUUCUACAAAGUAUUUCCCAAAUUGGAUAUAUGACCACAUUAAGCAAGGCAGGGAGAUUGAAAUUGAAAGGGUGGAGGAGAACAGUGGUAAUGAUGAGAAUGAGAGGGUUCGGAAGAUAACAAUAGUUGCGUUAUGGUGUAUACAAAUGAAUCCAGAUGAUCGUCCAUCAAUGAAUCAAGUGUUGCAAAUGUUAGAAGGUGAUGUUGACCGGUUGCAGAUUCCAGAGGUUCCAUCAUUACAAUCAACCCAAAUUUCAUCAUCACAAUCAACACAAAUUGCUGGAAGUGAGGAAGAGAGUUGGCUUACAGAUGCAACUGAUUCUGUAUCAUUGCUCCAUCAUAACAAUGCCGGCAACAUUGAGAUUACUAUUGCAUGAAGUGAACCUCUAGUUCCCAGUCUUCCUUUCUUCACCUUUCUCUUCGUCUACAUGUGUUAGUUCUAUACUUAUAGUUGUGUUUUUGAAUCGUGAACAAACAGAUCUAUGUAAUCAAUUAAUCAGUUCUUUUGUGCAUCAAAAAUUCAAUAGUGAAUUUGGCAAGUA